AACAUUUAUCUCAAAGAACUACACAGAACCAUAGAGAUGGUAUAUUUGGUGAAGAGUUUAGAAAGAAAGUUAGGGAGAGAGAAGGAAGAGAACCUAUUGUACAUGACCUUGCAAACGAAAGUUUACAAAAUGUCAUAA